AAUGUUCUGUCUGUCGGAACAUACAGAACGUCUUCGCAUUGCCUACUGUAUGAUCACUGAACAGGCUGAAUGAUGACGUCCAUUUCAAUGCAAGUAGUUCUCGGUCUUUGCCUUGGAAUUAUCAUCUCGCAAAGCUCUCCACCCACUUGGCUCUAUAUCAUUGAUGGAAAGGGCACCAUUUACUACUCAAAAAACAUCUCUCUAACCGUAAUAGCUGACCAACAACAAGACAUCACAUGUGAAGCAUAUGGAGCAAGGCCGACUGCAGUAUUGGAAUGGCGUUUACCUGAUGAUAUGGCAGUUGUUCAUCAGGAUCAGUCUGAUAAUAUCCAAGACAGCUUUUACAUCUCUCAGAAAGCCGUGACAAUAACACCCUCAAGGGAUAACCACGGAAAGAUUCUUAGCUGCAUCGCAUCACAUCAAGAACUAUCAGAAAACCUUCAAUACACAGUAAAUAUGAAUGUACAUGUUCUUCCUAUGAGUGUGCUGCUCUUUUCAACUGGAGGUAGCCAUUCCCAGUCAAGACUGAUAUACGUUCAAGAAGAUUCACCGACUUCAAUCACAUGUAGAAGUAUUGGGUCAUUCCCAGCGACUGAACUAUCCUUUCAGUUAGAAAGUGGCAAUGGUCUCGGCGAAAGAAUUCUUCCAAAUAUCUCAAGCGAAAGAAGCAUUUUGGACGAUGCUCUGUUUGACACCGAGGGUACUGUAAUCUUACACUUAAAUACUGUGCAUCAUGGACAGUACAUUAAAUGCUUCGCAUCGCUUGAAGGAUCUGUAGUGGAAUUGGUGUAUGCCAAAGUAAUCGUUUACGGCCCGCCAAGAGGCAUCAAAAUGACUUUUCUUGGGGAUCUGUACGACGACAUAGAAACAAAUAUAUCCUGCAAAGCUGUUAAUGGAUAUCCCGCACCGUUAAUUCAUUGGUACAUUGGAUCAAAAAAUCUUACAGAGGAUUCAUCUUUAAACAUAAGUGAAAAUACAGCUGCUCGAUAUGAUGCUGAAAGCACGCUUACUCUAAUACCGACGAGAUUUGACAAUGGAAAACAACUUCUCUGUCGGGCACUUCAACCGACAACAUUCCAAGCUCGUUCGCUGAAUCAAAGCUUGGUUCUGAACGUAACGUAUGCUCCCGUUGUGUCAAUUACUGUCCGACGUCGUACAUCGAGCAAAGCAAAUGGGACUACGGAGCUCGUGUUGAUAUGUAAAGCGGACGCUAAUCCUCUUGUCACUACUUUCGUUUGGUUUUGCAACGAAACUGUAGUAUCCAAGGACACCAAUAACUACAGACUCCACGAGACAAUAUCGGAAAACGCAACACUAACGUCCAGUGUACUUGGGAUUCAAAACCCACUCUCCAAUUAUUAUUCUGUUUAUAAAUGCACCGCUGUAUCAGACUAUGGCUCGGGAAGUGCGGUAUUCGAUUCCCUUUAUCUGUAUUUGAUUCCAAAUGCACCUUCUGGGUUCAUCAUCCACCAACACCAGACGAGAUCUUCAUCUCUUUUCGUUGCCUGGAAACAAGAGUUCAUCAUCGGAAAAUGAGACAAAAACAUUUUUCUAAAACUCCACCCACUUGGAUCUACAUUAUUGAUGGAAAGGGGGUUCGAUAUUACUUUAACAACCUCUCUAUAACGGUAAAAGCUGACCAACGAAAUGACAUCAUAUGUGAAGCAUAUGGAGCAAAUCCUCAUGCAGUAUUGGAAUGGCAUGUACCAGAUGAUAUGGCAGUUGUGCAUCAGGAUCAGUCUGAUGUUAUUCAAUACGGAUCUUACAUCUCCCAGAAAGCCAUGACAAUCACACCCUACAGGAAUGACCACGGAAAGAUUCUUAGUUGCAUCACGUCACACCCAGAACUACAAAAUGAACGUCUACGCUCAGUUCAUCUCAAUGUUCAUGGUGUGUAUGUCAUAUAGGUUAUUUUUGUUUGUAGAAAUCUUUGUUUAGUCUUUUGAGAGCCUUUUAUUGCCUCCACUGUAGUAUACAGAAUAACCUAAUGUCUCAGCAAAUCUAUUCCUUUGCAGUUGGAUUUACAUUAUCUGUGCAUUUUACUUUUAUGUCCACAUAGCAUGCGUAAUAUACAGGAAAUAUUUUUAAUGUAUGUAAUGAUAAUGGUAUUUUAUUUAAAGACUGUUCGCAGCAAGAGCUGAAUUGUACAUAACUUUUACAUAAAAAAGAACACAAAACAUAACAGUAUCAAAAUAGAAUUCUAAAAAUACACAAAGCAUGACAAAAUAUGCUAUCAUUAAUACUUUGGGGGUUAAUAUGAAUCAUUAGAAUAUUUUCAAAUAUGAGUAAUUGCAGAAGUUUCAAAAUUUGCUUAAGAUAUAGUAUACGAGGAAGCGGAUUGGAAGGACUUAUGAUGUAACUGAAUUGGAAUGGAUAAAUUUGACUUGAUGAUAUCGAGAUUUUGAAUUAGUGACGUAUUCAGAGUAUAAAGAGAAAUGGAAGUGGGUAACAAUGUGUAAAUAAUUAAAAUAAAGUUUUUAUACCG